CUGCCCAGAAACUGCGCGGGCCAGACGCGGGCCGCACUGCGUGAUGACGUCAUCGCGCUCGCGCGCGCCCAAGGAAGAGUGGGAGCGGUGGACCCGCAGCCCAGAGGCUCUGGCUCCGCCCGGCCCGGCAAUGGAGUUCCCGGACCUUGGGGCUCACUGUUCCGAGCCGAGCUGUCAGCGCUUGGAUUUUCUGCCGCUCAAGUGCGAUGCCUGCUCAGGCAUCUUCUGUGCAGACCACGUGGCCUACGCCCAGCAUCACUGUGGAUCCGCUUACCAAAAGGAUAUCCAGGUACCCGUGUGUCCCCUGUGUAAUGUACCUGUGCCUGUGGCCAGAGGGGAGCCCCCUGACCGGGCUGUGGGAGAGCACAUCGACAGAGACUGUCGCUCUGAUCCAGCACAGCAAAAACGCAAGAUCUUCACCAACAAGUGUGAACGCUCUGGCUGCCGGCAGCGGGAGAUGAUGAAACUGACCUGUGAGCGCUGUGGCCGAAACUUCUGCAUCAAGCACCGACACCCACUGGACCAUGAUUGCUCUGGGGAGGGGCACCCAACCAGCAAGGCAGGACUUGCUGCCAUUUCCAGAUCACAAGGUCUGGCUUCUUCUGCAAGCACCAUUCCUAGCCCAAGUCGGACUUUACCUUCCUCUACUUCUCCCAGCAGAGCCACAACCCAAUCUCCGUCCCGGACAGUCCCUCCAGUGAUUACUUUGCAGAAUGGCUUGAGUGAGGAUGAGGCUCUGCAACGUGCCCUGGAACUAUCUCUGGCAGAGACCAAACCCCAAAUCCCAAGUUCUCAGGAGGAAGAAGACUUGGCUUUAGCUCAAGCACUAUCUGCCAGUGAGGCAGAAUACCAACGGCAGCAGGCGCAGAGCCGCAGCUUGAAGCCGUCCAACUGCAGCCUGUGCUAGGGUCCUGGGCUUGGGGAGGGAGGCUCAGCUGAGAAGGACUGUGGCCCUCACACCUCCAGGGUACACAGAGAGAGGAGGCGCACAGCAACCUGGAGUGCAGAGAGAAGCAGAAGUGAGGCGGAGGCCGCUCCCAGGAGCACCAGAAGGCUUGCCGAGCUGAGCCUAUGAAAGGUCCUGCUAGCUCUUCUGCUGCAGGAAAAAAGUAACUGAGAACCAUUUUCUGGUUGGGCCCUUGGUGGGUGCUAGCCAAGCCCCACUCUCAGCCCCCUUCAUUAUGUCAUCCCCUUGCCUGGGGGCUGCCCCACAUAGGUAGUGGGCAGGGAGGGGCCUGGAAAGAAUAAAGACCUUGGCAGUUAAUAUGA